AUGAUUGUUUAAUGUACAAUUAAAAUUUAAAAUAGGCUUUCCAAAGUGGAGUAGUUUGUCUUAGAUGUGGCAGUAAUUUGAGGACAAAGCUUUCACUAGUAGGGAAGUAGGUAGAACUCAGGAGCCAAAAGUGUGCUUGUGCUAAGGAAAAGCUCUUCAAUUCAUAGAUCAGGUGGGCACAAAGUCCAUCUGGUCCCUAAAGAUCAGAAAGUUGAACAUAACAGCAUGACUGUUUGGGAAAGAGACUGGCCCAAGCGAGCCAGAGAGAGUGGCUGGGUUCAACCAAAUGUCCAGGUCCAUCAAGCAAGCUUAUAAAACUAAGGAAGGUCCAAAGCCAAGAUAGAAGGCAUCUGCAAGUUGGAAUCAGAGCUCCUGAAACCCAUGGCUAGUCAUAAGCUUGGCACUGCAUGAACUGGAGACCAGUAUUUAUUCGGUAUAGCUUAGACAGGAUCUGAAGACCUAGAGCUGAGAUUCUAAGGACACCCCAGCAUGUGGGCAGAAGAUGUGAAUGGAAGUUCCAGAGACUAGAAAAUGAACAGAAGAACCUAGAGAAGAUGGAGUCACCUCUUCCUACAGCAAGCAACAGACGUGAGGAUAUGCUUCAAAGUGCUUUGAAGAAAAGGAAAAAUCUCCUGCAGGAGCUUAAGGAGCAGCACCUUCUGGAGGAGCUGUUACAGCCUUCUGCACCAGCUGGGGGACAGUAUAGGAACUACAGUGCUGGUCUCCCACGCAUCUACCAGAUACCUUUUCCAGCAUCUCGAGCUGAAACACCAAGGAUUAUCCAACAGGCGGUAAGGAUCGUCGCUCCUAGGAAACACUGGACAAAUCCUGCACUGACUUCUCCAUUUUCUUUUCUUAUCCAGAUGCCUCCUCAGCCUGCCAUGAUCAUCCAGCAGCUCCCACAGCCACCCCCACUGAUAGCACAGAUCCCCACUGCCCAACCCUUUGCACAUCCUCGCUCUGGAAGCAUUAAAGAAGAUAUGGUGGAGAUGAUGCUGAUGCAGAAUGCACAGAUGCAUCAGAUCAUCAUGCAGAACAUGAUGCUGAAGUCUCUCCCACCGAUGACAUUUGCACAGCCUGCCAGACCCAGCUACCCACUGCUUCAGCACACACAGCAGGACCUGCAGCUCACUGCUCCUGUGGCUGUGAAAGCAGAUCGUCCCUGGCUGUCUGCAGUGCAUCACCACCACCACUACUCUCCCCCAGGGCUGGCCCUCCGUGCCAUGCCUGCUGGGCUCCCAGUGCCAGGUGAGGGACUGCCGCCUGCAUCCUCAUCCCAGCGUUGGACCAGCAGCGUGCUCCCAGCUAUGCAGAUGUGGCCCACCUACUGACAGCAUGUGUUCCUCUGAAGGUGGACAAUUGCAUCGCUGAGUUCAACCUGCUUUUGAGCUGUUCCUAAAUAAUCUGAUGGUCUGUGCAUCUGCAAAUCAUCCAUACAGUAAAUGAGCAUAGAAAGACUGGAGAUCGACAGAACAAAUGUACCACAUGCCUGUAGUCUUCUCACCCCUUUCUGCCAGUGCAGCUGCUUCCUCUCAUAUGCCAAACCCAGAGCAACAGCAGCACCUCUCUUUUGCCUCUUUCGAAAGAACCAAGACAUCUUGUCCCAAAGAGCCUCACAGUGGCACUGGGACGUGAAAUAAAUAUAACACUAGUAUUGUCUAAACUAUUGCAAAUGAGUAUGGCUCACCUUCAGGACUGAGUCCCUUCCAUGUGUACUUUGGAGAAAUGCUCCUUUGCAGCCUUCACGGGGGCUAAUGCAGACUAACCCAGACUUCAUGAAUGGAGCUCAGUUGCCAAAACUCAUCAACCAAAGUGUUCCUCCUGUAUUGGGCUUGCAUGGCAAGGUUUUGGUAGCAGGAGGGCUGUAGAGUGAUCUUUGAGAAGAGCCCAAGAGCAUGUCAUUUUUUGGUAAAAGGCAGCACUCUGCCCUAAUUGCUUUACAUGGGCUGACAGGGAUUGUAGUAUUUGAAUAAAUAAUUUUCAGUAGGGAAAAGAAGAAAAAAAGUAGCUCCUGCAGUCAUCGCAUGUGAUCAUCUCAGUGGAACAUCACUACCCUAAUAUCUGCAAUAUUCUGCCCCAGAAAGUCUCUCUCAGUCUCUUCUGAGCCUCAUAUUCAUGAUGCUACCCAAGUUUUUCUUUUCAAAGAGCUGUUGGAGGGUGGCUUCAGCAGCCUGAACUUGUGUAUAUUUCUGUAUUUCUCAAUC